UUUUUCAUCACUAUCCCUUUGAAAAUCUCAGAAAAUAAUUUUCUUUAAAGAAACUUCUCCUUAUGUAUUCUAAUUUAGAAUGACGUGGAAGUGAGUAAAUAUUGACAGAAUUUCCCUUUUUGGGUAUCCCCUAAAGUUGCCUCAUAACGAACAGUCUAUACUAAGAACGGUCGAUCGGUGGCGAUAUUUCCUGGUGAGUAACUAAAUUAGGCUGAACAACCAUGUGUAUCCGGUUUGUAUGACCAUGGCGUCUCCUGCCGUUGUUACUGAGCCUUCCACCGGAGAAAAAAUGCCAGAAACUGUAAAUGGACCAACGGAGAAUUCAGCUGAAGACCAGAAACGACCGCAGUUUGGCACUCGCUUCCUCACAGACCCGCGUCAGGUGUUUCAGCACAACGCGUGGGAUAAUGUGGAGUGGUCAGUAGAGCAGGAGGAUGCUGCCAGAAAAAAAGUUCAGGAAAACUGUCAACCUCUCCCAGCAGAAACACAAGAGAAGUUUGACAGCAAGGCCAAUGAGUUCUGGAACGACUUUUACACCAUACACGAAAACCGCUUUUUCAAGGAUCGCCACUGGCUCUUUACAGAGUUCCCUGAGCUUGCCCCUCAACAAAAGGUUCCACAGGACAAUAGAGAGAAGGGAACCGCAGAUCAAGAACCCAAACUUUUAUUAAAUAGUGGAGAUGUUCCCUUGUCUCAUACAGAUGCCGAAUUUCCUGGAGCCUCAGCAUCCUUUCGUAUCCUAGAGGUAGGAUGUGGAGUAGGCAAUACAGUCUUUCCCAUUUUGAAAACUAACAAUGACCCAGGACUCUAUGUUUACUGUUGUGAUUUCUCCAGCACAGCUGUUGACCAUGUCAAAUCGAAUCCAGAGUAUGACCUGUCACGCUGUCACGCUUUUGUCCAUGAUAUGAGUGACAUGUCUGCAAAGUAUCCGAUUCCAGACCAGAGUCUGGAUGUCAUUGUCCUCAUAUUCGUGCUCUCUGCCCUGCAUCCUCAAAAGAUGCAGAGCUCUAUUAAUAGUUUAGCACGAUUGCUGAAACCAGGAGGAGUACUUUUAUUGAGAGACUAUGGCCGCUAUGACAUGGCACAGCUUCGUUUCAAAAAAGGGCGUUGCUUGUCUGAAAAUUUCUACGUUAGAGGGGAUGGAACACGUGUCUAUUUUUUCACACAAGAUGAGCUGCAUGAUCUGUUCUCCAGUGCUGGUCUGGAGAAGGUGCAAAACUUAGUGGACCGGCGCUUACAGGUGAACAGAGGAAAGCAGCUGACUAUGUACAGAGUUUGGGUACAAUGCAAGUAUCGCAAGGCACUGGCACCCCAUUAGAAUCAAGUCUGCUUAAGUGGAGAGAUCGAGAUCUGAGCUGAUCCAUGAGAAUCUUACAAUGUUGUGACAUGACUCCUGAACGAUGAGCCAUUUUUAGAAUGAUGGACAGGUUGCUGCAGCUUAGAGGAUUGCAGUGCUGAUGUAUUCGAUAUGAAAGUAUGCUCAAGAAGAUCAUGACUCAGUCUUAUGCAGCCUACUGGGAAAUGUUGAUGGAGGACUUCCAGUCUCAAGAAUCACAUGCGGACUUCAGACUGUGUUCAUCUUACAGACUUUUUAAAGACUUAUACUCUUAUUAAUAAACUACAGGAUGGUGUAAAAUAAAUGCCAAAGCUUCUCUCUGACUGUUAGCUUAUCAGUUUAAAAGCAACUGAAGACACUUUACAUUUCUAGUGUUUCUCCCUUUUACCAUUAUUUAUUGGCUCCUUGGGUUUAAUUAAGUAUUCUUGUUAGUUUUGUGGUUGAUAAGAACAAAAAUGACUUUUUUUUUUAAAGGACACAUCAAGAAUAUUAGUGUUAUUAUUAGCUAUUAAUUUACAUUAGAAUUGUAAUAUACAUCCUUCUGAUUAGGGAUGUGCAAAACUACCAAAUGUCAUAAGACUUGUCGGUCGGUAGUUUGAACGGCUAGUCUGUGUUAAGGAUAAUAAUGUAUAAUUAGGCUGUGCUAUGUUUACUUGAUCCCAAUCAGGUGCAUUUCAGAGGGAUAUAUGGACGCUAAGUGCAGCAAGUUAUCACGCAAAAACUUUCUAGAGAAAGUUGCGUUAGUUUGAGAAGUGCAUCUCCCAUUAAAACCACCGCUAAAAAUAUUAAUGUUAGUAGUCUACCCCACCAGAACCCACUAAUCCCCAAUACCCCAACUAGUCAGUUGUUAGAUGACUAGUGAAUUAGUCAAACACUGUGGCACUUCCCUACUUCUGAUACAAGCAAGGACAGCAUUCUACAAUAAAAAAAUUAAUUAAACUGUAAUAGCAAAAUUACUGUAUAUGACAGACCUGUGUUUAACCUUACAAGUGCUCUAUGUCAGUACGUUCAUAGUAUUACAAUUCUUAAUUUAACAGGUUGCAUGAAGCUUUGUGCACAUGCACUGCAACAUCUAACAUGAUACCAAUAUGCGUAACAACAUAAAACGAACAACCGAAUCUUUGACAAAAUGAGUCACUGUGUCAAAUGUAUUUAACUUGAUCUAGGUGUUUAUCCUCUUCUAGUUUCUAUGCCCUUUAUCCUGCAUCAUUUGUUCACAAAUAUUCACAUCUGCUCAAAACAUCCUCCCAACUCGUAUUCAAUUUACUGAUCCCCUUCAAAAGAGUGCUCAGCCUUAAGUCAUCUUUGCUCUUUCCAAUUGUCAGUAACUCAUAGUGAUGUAAUUAUGGGUUUUAUUUGUCACAGGACACAUAACCGAGUGAUUUAAAUGAAAGUAGUAGUUCAUCCCAAAAUGAAAAUUCUCUCAUUUAUUCACCCUCAUGUCAUCCUAGAUGUGUUUGACUAUCUUAUCCUGAACACAAAUUAAGAUUUUUAGAAGAAUAUUUUGCCUCUGUAGGUCUUUUCAAUUCAAGUGAAUGGUGACAAAGAAUUUGAAGCUCCAAAAAGCAGAUAAAUGCAGCAUAAAAUGAAUCCAUUCGAAUCCAGUGAUAUAAUUUACAUUUUCUGAAUGCAAUCAAUUGGGUGAGAAACUGUUCUAUAUGUAAGUCCUUUUUUUUGUUUUGUUUAUUUACUAUAAAUCUCCACUUUCACUUUUACAUUCUGAAAGUGGAGAUUUAUAGUAAAAAAUGACUUAAAAUCUCACACACAUCUAUCAUAUGACUUCUGAAGACAUGAAUUUAACCACUGGAGUAAUAUGGAUUACUUUGGAUUAAUUUAUGUGAUUUUUUGGAGCUUGAAAGAUCUGGUCAACAUUCACUUGUAUUGUAUGGACACACAAAGCUGAGAUUUUCUACAAAAAAUCUUUGUGUUCAGCAAAAGAACAACUUCAUACACAUCUGGGAUGACAUGAGGGUGAGUACAUGAUGUGAGGAUUUUACGUUUUUGGGUGACUUAUCCCUUUAAUUUUCUUUCAAAUGUACCAUAAUGAAUCUACAGUCUGCACCCCACAAGCAAAAAGCUGAAAAAGAUCCGGUGUAUGUAAGGAUCUGUAAACAUACAGAGACAGUUGGCUGUCAUAGUAUUGUAUAUUAUAUAUGAGAAAGUACUUCAAUGUCAUCACUUAUUAGUGUUUACGUUGAGCCUGAUGUAGGUUAUUUGGCUAUAACUUUUGUCUCCCAGCACAUAUAUUUGCAAGUAUUGACUACUGAGCUUUGCAAAAUUUUUAUAAAACGUACCUUGGUGCUACCAUGAUUUUUGGACAUAUUGUAUAUAAAUAUGGUUACUCAAAAUAUGGU